GAAAUGGGUAAGAAGGAAGCUUGGGUGUUUGGUGGCGUUUGUGUUUGAUUUUGUUUGUUUUUGUAGGACGCCGUUUAUGCGGAUGUGAAUUUGCACCGGUUGUAUUCGAUAAAGUUAAUUUUAAUUGUGAGGAGAAGGAUCCGACGGAAGAGGGAAACGACGAGAAGCGAUCGGAGGUUGUCAGCGCGGAUGUUGCACUCGGUGCCGGCGGUUUACGACCAUCAGCAGUAUUAUGUGCCGGAAGUGAUGACGGGACAGUGUGGGAUGUCCUGAGGGUCCGCAGUCCAUUUCUCGGUGCGGGACAUGUUUGGAGUAUUACAUAAACAUCCGGAAGAACAGUUUGCGCCAGUUCUGGAAGAACCGUCUGUACGAAAGCAGCAGGUCCUGAAGCUGUCGUACUCGGAUUACUUCCAGAGGUUGGAGCGAUAUCCGACGAACCUGAUAAAGAAAAUCUACCUGGAAUACCGAAGAAGUCACCGCAACUCCCGCCCGCAAACUCUCAUCUCGCGACGGCGCAGCUUCGGCCGGAUGAACUGGCAACAUCUGUGCCAUUCUCGAAGGAGGACGAUGCGAUCGGGAACUAUCGGUUCAGGCGCUUCACUUCCCAGUCGGAAAACGUCGACUUACCUUCCCGAAUUAACACCCAAUGGCCAACUCCUCCAAGCCUGUCCUGAUGAUGGCCGGCGACGAGACCACCCUGUUCUCUACAUCGCUGUCGCGCUCCAAAAUGUAGGCCGCGAUGUUAAGCAGCAUAAGCAGCAGUUUUAAUAUUAAAAUAAAAAUAAAUAUAGAAAUAAAAUCCAUCACAUUUUUCGAAAAUCAUCACUGUAAUGUUAAAUAGGAGCGGCCGUGGCUGACUGGUUACGAUGUUCGCUUUGUAAGCGAAUGGUCCUGGGUUCGAUUCCCAUCUGCUCCCAACGAGAAAGUAUAGGAAUUAUAAAUCUUGAAACUCUGAACAUGAACGAAACAUCAAAGUCGCUCGAGUCGGGGUUCGAUCCCCCGUCCUUUGGAUUGGUAAGCAAAAAUGCUAACCACUAGGCCAUCGCGACUUGGUGAGCUAUAACUGGAAUUAGGAAUACUGUUGCUAUCAAAUAUAUACGCGCUGAGUCCUUGUCCAUUUGACAAGGGUUCGGAAGUUCUAAAUAACGUUUGAACCCGAUUGGUGCAAACGUUCUUCAGGGCGGGGCUUGUCGAUAAAGCUGAAGUACCUCGCGCUCGGCUAGCCAGCGUAGAAAUGGGUCACCGAAGCUCGGCAGAGCUAACACCUUCCAUAUGCCUAUGCGAGUUAUUUGCAUGUAUAGAAUGUAGAUCUAAAAAUACAUGGAAACAACUCAGUUUGUAAGAAGCGGUCGCGUGGUCCCGUUUGGUUGGUUGCACACACACACACACACACACACACACACACACACACACACACACACACACACACACACACACACACACACACACACACACACACACACACACACACACACACACACACACACACACACACACACACACACACACACACA